AUGGCGUCGCGACUGGUGCUGGUCCUAGGCGACCUCUUCAUACCAGACAGAGCUGCAGAUAUCCCCGCAAAGUUCAAGAAGCUCCUGGCGCCCGGCAAAAUCGGUCAAAUUCUCUGCCUAGGCAACAUCACCGACCGCGAAACUUACGAGUUCUUGCGCGCCAUCGCGCCCGACCUACAAAUCGUAAAAGGCGACUUCGACGUCGAAGCGCCUAACCUCGCCUUGUCAAAGGUCGUCACGCAUGGUUCCCUCCGCAUAGGCUUCACCCACGGGCACACCAUCAUCCCGCCAGGUGAUGGUGACAGCCUGCUCAUUGCUGCCCGCCAGAUGGACGUCGACGUCCUGCUGUGGGGCGGCACACAUAAGUUCGAGGCGUAUGAGAUGGAGGGCAAGUUCUUUGUCAACCCGGGGAGUGCUACUGGUGCUAUGACGACGGGGUGGUGGACUGAAGAUGAGGAGCCUACGCCAAGUUUUGUGCUGAUGGAUGUCCAAGGCGAUGUUCUGGUGCUGUAUGUGUACCAGUUGCGCAAGGAUGCGGAAGGGAACGAGAACGUUGCUGUGGAGAAGGUGUCGUUUCGGAAAAAUGGAGGUGGUGCAUCGUAA